CGGAAGCCCCCCGCGCCUUUCUGGCUUCCCAUUGGCCAGCGCGCCGGUCGCUUCCUGUCGGCAAGGAAAAUGGCGGAGUACGCCGCUGUGCAGCGCGGCCCGCUGCGGCUCAAGGGCGGCGGCGGCGCGGCGGCCGCGGGGAAGCGGAAGAAGAAGCCGGGCCAGGAGAAGCACAAGAUCGUGGAGCAGACCGUGAGCAGCAAGACGCAGGAGGAGGAGGCCGAGAAGCGGGGGCUGGACAAGCGCACCCCGGCCCAGCUGGCCUACGAGAAGAUGCAGGAGAAGCGGAAGAUCGAGCGCAUCCUGAAGAAGGCGUCCAAGACCCACAAGCAGAGGGUGGAGGAUUUCAACCGGCACCUGGACACCUUAACCGAACAUUACGACAUUCCCAAAGUCAGCUGGACCAAAUGAAGUCGUUUUUUAAUUCCGUUUCCGCCUGAGAGCUUUGCUAGACACCGUCUUUUCGGUAACUAAGUUGGAAUUACAUUCUUGCGUUCAAAAUUUAAUCCCCCCCCCCGUAGCUUAGCUUUCUCUCUGUAUUUCUCUAGCUAACCCGCUCCCAUAUUUAAAAAAAAUCAUCUUUACAUAAUUAAAGUGGAAAUACCAAUGCCCAUCGUUCAGGACUUGGUUGCAAAUAGUCAAUAAAUAACAAUAAGUCGUCGCUUUUCAUUUUGCAUAUCUGAAUUUUGCCUGCUUUGAGGGGACAGCAGGAGAAUAGCUGGAAAUUUGCAAUUUUACCUGGUUCGGUUAUUUUGAAAAAUGCUUGUAAAAUGAUUUAUUGCAAGCUGGUCCUGGUUUGGUUAUGUGAAAAAUAUCUGCAAGAAUUCAUGGCAAGCUGGUCCUGGUUUGGUUAUUUGAAAAAUAUUUGCAAGAAUUCAUGGCAAGCUGGUCCUGGUUUGGUUAUUUUGAAAAAUAGUUGCAGCAAUUCAUGGCAAGCUGUUCCUGGUUUGGUUUUUUUGAGAAAUAUUUGCAAGAUUUCAUGGCAAGCUGUUCCUGGUUUGGUUAUUUUGAAAAAUAUUUGCAAGACUUCAUGGCAAGCUGUUCCUGGUUUGGUUAUUUGAAAAAUAUUUGCAAGAUUUCAUGGCAAGCUGUUCCUGGUUUGGUUAUUUUGAGAAAUAUUUGCAAGAAUUCAUGGCAAGCUGUUCCUGGUUCGGUUAUUUUGAGAAAUAUAUUCAAUUUAAGCACAA